AUGUAUGAGGAGAGGAUGAGAAACCUGGCUCUGUUCUACCCGGAGAAAAGGCUCAGGCGGCAUCUCACUGCUAUCUUCAGCUACCAGAUGGGAGGAUACAGUGAAGAUGGAGCGACUAUCUUCUCAGAGAUCCAAAGAUGUGAAAUAGCAGGAAGAGGGAAACUGUUGCAGCAAAAUUUGGUAUCUAGGGACAAUCAGACUAGACAAAUACGAGAUGCUGUUUCAAAUGUGGAAAAACAUUUUGGUGAAUUGUGCCAAAUAUUUGCUGGAUAUGUACGUAAAACUGCCAGACUACGAGACAAAGCAGAUCUUCUAGUAAAUGAAAUAUAUGCAUAUGCAGCCACAGAGACACCAAACUUAAAAGUUGGACUGAAAAACUUUGCAGAUGAAUUUUCCAGACUUCAGGAUUAUCGCCAGGCAGAGGUUGACAGGCUUGAAGCUAAGGUUGUUGAACCUCUGAAAAGUUACGGGACCAUAGUGAAACUUAAAAGGGAUGAUCUUAAAGCAACUUUAACAGCAAAGAACCGAGAAGCCAAGCAAUUAUCUCAACUGGAAAAGACACGUCAGCGGAAUCCAUCAGAUCGACACAUUAUUUCACAGGCUGAAAGUGAAUUGCAGAGAGCUUCACUGGACGCAACUCGAACAACUCGGCAAUUAGAGGAAACCAUCGAUAAUUUUGAGAAACAGAAAAUAAAGGACAUAAAAAACAUAUUUUCUGAAUUUAUAACUAUUGAAAUGUUAUUCCAUGGGAAAGCUUUAGAGAUAUAUACUGCUGCCUACCAAAAUAUCCAAAAUAUUGAUGAAAACGAAGAUUUAGAGGUUUUUCGGAGCUCACUUUAUCCACCAGACUAUCAAUCUCGCUUAGACAUAGUUCGUGCAAAUUCAAAGUCACCCCUGCAAAGAACUGGCUCCUUAAAAUCUUCAUUGAGGACAGUACAGAUUUCCAGCAGUAUGCUAAGAAAAGAUGAAGAAGAGGAGGAGGAGGAAGAUGAAGAGGAGGAAGAGGAGGAGGAAGAGGAAUUAGAUGCUACUAAGGAAGUGAGAUAA